AUGCAUUUGCCUCCAAAUAUUUCUCUUGUACCUCCAGAAAUACCAACUAAACUAAUGGCACAAGGGUUAUAUCAUGAGAGAGUUGUGGAAAAACCAAAAGUUAUUAAUGAAGAAGAAAUUGUUGAGAUAGAAACAAUAGAGUACCGAGAAAAGUUGGUAGAAGUUCCGGAAAUUAUUUACAAGGAGAAUAUUAUAAAGGUUCCAAAAAUUGAAAUACAAGAAAGAAUUAUUGAAGUUCCCAAAAUUAAUGAAGAAGAGAAAAUUGUUUAUGUUCCAGAAGUAAGAUAUGUAGAAAAAUUUGUAGAAAAAAAAGAAAGAGUAUUAAAGGAAAAAACUGUAUUUGUUCCGAGGGUUGAGGUUCAAGAAAGGAUUGUAGAAGUACCUAAAAUAGUAAUAGAAGAAAAGAUUGUUGAGGUUCCACAAAUCCAAUAUAAAGAGGUUAUCGUUGAAAAGAUUCUAGAAAUACCACAAAUUCAAGAAGAGAUUAUAUGGAAAGAUGUAGUUGUUCCAAAUAUUCAGCCAAGAUAUGUUGAAACUGAGAAAAUCGUAGAAAUUCCAGUCAUACAAACAAUAGAAAAGUUAGUCCAUGCCUCAGUUCCACAUUAUAAAAUGAUUAAACAAGAUAUUAACGUCCCAAUGAUAGAUAUUAAAACAGUCCCAAGAGAUUGUAUAUUAGAAAAAUUUAAAUAUGUACCGGUUCCUGUCGAUAGAUAUCAAGAAGUACAGGUACCAAAAUAUGUACUUAAGACUGUUGAAGUCCCUGUUCCUGUUCCUGUUGAAAAGAUCGUUGAAGAAGAAGUACCAGUGCCUAUAUCAGUAGAAAAAGUUGUACAUGUUCCAAAAAUAAUACAAAGACAUGUUCCACGUACAUUUAAUGUACCAAUACCAGUAUAUUCGGAUGCAUUAAUAGAAUCAAGAGUAGGCUUGAUGCCAUAUAAUACAUUUCUAUCUAUUAAUAAUGAAUCUACGGAAGAAUCUUCUCAACAACUUCUAUCUACAAACAAUAUUAAUAACAUUCAACAAAAACUACAAGUUCGAGGCGGUAGUGGAAUUGGAAUUGAAGUUAAUUCCAAUAUCUCGGUAUACAGAUCUCCAGAAAGAAAGGCUGAAGAUAAAAAUUACUUAAAUUAA